AAGAAACGGAGACGAAGAUUAUUAGGGUUUUUAAUUGGUUUGUUCGCUGGAUUCAUAGCUAGGGUUUUUCGAUAAUUCGAUCUUAGUAUUUCGUGAAGAUUAAGAAGACGAAAUUGGGGACAGUAUUGAAGAACGAAAUCAUGGGUCGUGAAAAACAGUGUUGAAGAGAGUUUGGAGUCAAUCACUGCAAGGAAACUACUUCUUCCCAAGGUUUUCUGACUUCCAGGUGAGAAGGAAGAGGGAAGAAGAUUAUAGCUUUCUGAAGGGAGACUCGAAGCAAUCACUUCUCAAAGCAUGGAACAGUUGGCAACACUAGGUGAAGGUGUUGAACUCCUUACAAAUGAGAUUGAGACCGACUCCAUAGCCACACAACAAAUAAUUGGUAGACUUCAGCAUAUGGCAGUUUCUCUCAAAAACUUGGAGGAGAGAGAGGCUGAGAAAGAGAAAGAGGCUGAGAAAGAGAAAGAGAAAAAGAAAGAGGCUGAGGAAAAGGCUGAGGAACAAAUAAUUGAUAGACUUCAGCAUAUGGCAGUUUCUCUCAAAAACUUGGAGGAGAGAGAGAAAGAGAGAGAGAAAGAGAAAGAGGCUGAGAAAGAGAAAGAGAAAGAGAAAAAGAAAGAGGCUGAGGAAAAGGCUAAGGAAGAUGUUGAGAAAGGGUUAAGGCAACGCAUUAAGAAUGUUAAUGAGGAUCUGGAAAAAAUUGAUGAAUCAGAAAUUCAGUUAAGGAAAGACACAAACACGUCUUUGGAUGAUAUCCGAUUGAGGAAUAUGAUGUUUGAAAGCUUCGUGUCUCUCUUGUUUGGUUUAAUAGCUGGUCUCGAUCCACAAAGAUGGUGGACUUUAUUUUCCAUGAUAAUUACUAUGGCCCUUCGCUCCAUCUGGGUUAUACAAAAGGUUGGUUUCGAGUUAUUGCGUUUUCGAAAGAAAUUCACAGAGCUUUACAAGAAACAGAAUAGAUUGUAUGAAAGUGGAGAAGAGUUGAUUAUGAAUUGGAAACUGUCUAAAGGUAAAGAUAAAAUUGGAGCUGAAUUAAAAGAAGAUUAUUCAAAACUUCACAAAUCAGUCACUAUGGAUAAAAUACGUGUUGAACCUAUGGGAUGGACGUAUUUGGGGAAUUAUGUCUUUUUCUCGUUGUUCUCUAUUGCAGUACCAGUUUUGUUAUACUUUGUUCUGAUGGCGAUAUCUGCGAAAUAUGCAACUUCUCCUACGCAUCCCCCUUCUAUUCAUUGCAGCUGUCCGUAGGAUUGUUAGACCUCUCAAGCGUACCAGUAAGAAGCAGAAAUUUAGUGCUUUGGAUUUUCACGAGGAAAAGAGUUUCUGGUGUUGGAGCUAGUGGCAGUUGAGGCACGAAGCUUGCGACGGCAACACUUUGUUUUAGAAUGAGAAAGAGAUGUUGUUAGUUCAAGUCAUUGAAAUUUUUUUUUUUCUUGCUUUUGAUCCUUGUUCAAUUGCUUCCAGAUUUCUUAAAUUGAUCCCAUAGUCAACACUUGUUUGGAAUACUGGUUUAUUCUCUGCACUUUAGUAAUAUCACAGGCCAGGAACUUAACUAUUA